AUGAAACCGAUACUUAGUCUCUUCUCUGUUUCCCUUGUCAGCGCCGCUUGCACCCUCGACUAUGCCAUCUGGGUCCCUCGUGACGGGGACACAUUUGCCCAGGAUGUCGGGCAAGCUCUGCCCGGUUUCGAUUACGGGGAAGCCGAGGCACUUAAUUCCGGUGUUAACAUAAACAAGAUUUACCCCGGAAGGACAUACAAGGUCCCUUAUGAUGCCAGUAUGGAGAUCGUUCCCCCAGCUGCAUGGUCAGGCGACUGCCCUAGGACCCUGCAGCUGAACCAAAAUGCACAUUCAAAACAAGCAGGUUCGCCUACUUCUCAUGCGGUGAGCAGAGGCAGCCGGGAUUCGACGGCCACAUCUACAGGGCUUGAUAGUACGGCAAACCCAUCAAAGACACCGACCGGAACGGAUACUUCUGGAGAUUUAUUCAGUAUCCGCUUACCCGGGAGCUUGGAGCCCACAGGCACCCAGUCGACCACCCCAACGACGGAUGCCUCCACCCCCGACUCUGCAACAACGGCAACUGGCUCUCAUUCUAUACAGGAACCGGCGGCAACAGGCACCGGCAGUCCGCUCGUGUGCUGGAAAGAAACCCACCCCGAAGCAGGAAAAUUCAGUUCAAGCAAGGAGUCCAGGGUCGAUUUCAUAGAGUCGUUUUGUAAGCGGCUCGACACUUUCGAGAUCAACGCCCAGCAUCCCAUAGAAGAGGCACCAUACGAUGACGUCUGGAUCGGGAUGCAGAUGCUACCGUCCUGCCCUAACGACGCCGUCGGACCAGAUCAUAGCAAAUCGUGCCGUGAGGUUCUAGAAAACAUCAAUGACAAAUGCAACGAGGCGGGGGGCGUUUUCCAGACGGAAUGUCUAGAAAGUUACAUCCAUCGCCAGACAUCUCAGUAG